GCAACAAUUGUUAGAACGUAGAAGUGUAGAACACACUUUCAUCGUACAGUCGCGAAAAUCCUAAGAGAAUUGACUGUCUGUCUGUCAUCAAUGGCUGCCAUGAGACCAACACAGUAUUUGCUACGAAGGGCAUGCAGAGGAAGUAGGAGUUUUGGGGUUGCCCCCGAAAUCAAUGCUUCUUCCUCUUCCCAGAAAAUCAUUGACAAGGAAAAUGAACAUAGUGCCCACAAUUACCAUCCACUUCCCAUUGUAUUUUCUCAAGCAAAGGGAACGUCUGUAUGGGAUCCAGAGGGAAACAAAUAUCUUGAUUUUCUAUCUGGUUACUCUGCAGUUAAUCAGGGACAUUGCCAUCCCAAAAUUCUUAAAGCAUUACAAGAACAGGCAGAAAAGCUGACUGUGAGCUCUCGAGCCUUCUACAAUGAUCGCUUUCCACUCUUUGCUGAGUAUCUGACAACCAUGUUUGGUUAUGAUAUGGUACUUCCUAUGAAUACUGGUGCUGAAGCUGUGGAAACAGCUAUGAAAUUAGCAAGAAAGUGGGGUUAUGAAAAGAAAAGAAUUCCCAAAGAUGAGGCUAUUAUUGUCUCAUGCUGUGGCUGCUUCAAUGGCCGUACACUAGGUGUCAUAUCUAUGAGCUGUGACAAUGAAGCUACCCGUGGUUUUGGUCCUUUAUGUCCUGGCCAUCUUAAAGUUGAUUUUGGUGAUGCGGAAGCCCUUGAAAGAAUUUUUAAAGAAAAUGGACAAGGCAUAGCUGGAUUUAUUUUUGAACCUAUCCAAGGUGAAGCUGGGGUAAAAAUUCCUCCAGAUGGCUAUUUAAAAGCUGUUAGAGAUCUUUGCUCCAAAUAUAAUGUGUUGAUGAUAGCUGAUGAAAUACAAAGUGGGUUAGGAAGAUCAGGGAAGAUGCUGGCGUGUGACUGGGAAGAAGUUCGCCCAGAUGUAGUGAUACUUGCAAAAGCAUUGGGUGGAGGAAUUCUACCAGUUAGUGCAGUGCUUGCAGACAAAGAUGUGAUGCUUUGUAUAAAACCUGGACAGCAUGGAAGUACAUUUGGGGGAAAUCCAUUGGCCAGUGCAGUCGCAAUUGCCUCACUAGACGUGAUCAGAGAUGAGCGACUUGUUGAGAGAUCUGCCCAAAUGGGAGAGGAGCUUAUUCGUCAGCUGAUUAAGAUUCAGCAGCAAUAUCCCAAUUAUGUGAAGGAGGUACGAGGAAGAGGAUUAUUCAUUGCAGUGGAGUUAAACAGCAAAAAUUUGUCCCCUGUAUCAGGCUAUGAUUUAUGUGAAAAGCUUAAGGAUAGAGGAGUCCUUGCCAAGCCAACACAUGCUACAACUAUCCGCUUUACUCCUCCACUUUGCGUGAGUGUGGAUGAGAUCCAACAAGGUUCUAAGGCCCUGGCUGAUGUUCUGGAAGUUGAUGUACCAAAGAUGCAGAAGAUGAAGCCCAAAGAUGCUUCUCCUGUUGCCUCUAGUGCAUGUGAUCGUUGUGGUCGAGUCUUUUAUGGUUAACCAGAUUAAGAUCUAUGAAUUUUGUGUACCUUUUUAAUUUUUCUUUGGAAAAAGAUGUCAAACGAAGAAUGUCUUGAAUGGUUAGAAAUUAUAAUGUCAAUGGUUAGAAACUAUGUCCAUAUUCAAUAUGAUAUUAUUAAAUAAAAAUACCCGAGACAGUGAGAAUAGAUGGAA